AUGUUUUCACACCAAAGGUGUGUUGCUGUUCUUACAAUUCUCCCGCGAAACAGCGGUAUGUAUGUGUGGCUUUCGCACUCAUUUCUUGUCAACUCUGAACUCUUGAAGUGCUCUUUUCAUCUCUUUUGUCGGUAUCAUUCGCCUUCUGGCCUUUCUAGUGCCAUCUCUCGGCCAUCUACAACCAUAUUCACUUUGUACUUCUAUCGCUGUGACGUACUCAGUAUCUCAGUAAGUAAAUGGGCUGCCAGCGGGCUCUCUGAAAAGCCCAUGUUUUUGUCCAUUUCUUCUACAACUCGAAAUGGGGGGAAGAUUUGUACCAUUGCUUUCCCAUACCUGAUUCUUACAUUCCAUUCAGCUACCAAUAGACUGCUUGUAAGAUUUAGCCGCCGAGGUCUCGCUGACAUAAUCACAUUUGAAGCCGCGAGUACCUAUGAUAUUACUCAAUUAAAGUACUCGUGA